AUGAGUUCUUUCAAAAAAAGAGUUCAGACAAGUCAAACUAAACUACCUCAAGGAACACGAUUAUCACCAUACAAUGGACAAUUAUUAAUUUCUACUGGAGUACCAUCACUUGAUGAUAUCCUUUGUGUAUUAUUAAUAAAAGAAGAUAGACAUACGGAAUAUGCUAAACUACUCUUAAAAUAUUUUCUGGUACAAGGAAUUGUAUCAGAGAAUCAUGUUUUAUUUAGUACAUUAGAGGAAGAAGAUUCAAAAAAUUUUAUGAUGGGAUUACCUUGGUUAGUGAAUGAAAAUGAUGAUAAUAAUGAUGAUGAUGAAAAUAUUACACCUGAAUCAGAAGAGAAGAUGAUAAUAGCAUGGCGUUAUAAAGGAUUAAAAAAAUUCGAAUCAAGCGUAAAAAAUAAGUCCAAUAUUCAAAAUAAAAUUUUAAAUGAUACUAUUGGAACAAAAUCUCAACAAAAUAUUGAAAAACCAUUUUGUUCAACUUUUGAUUUAACAAAAUCUAUACCUCAAAAUAUUAUUUUGGAAAAUAAGUUAAUGACAUUGAUUAAUUUAAGUGAAAAAAAUGAUGAAAUAAUAGAAAAUUUUAAUCCUUAUAAUACUCUCUUGAAUACUAUACGUAAAGUUAUUGAAGAAAAUCAUUUUAGUUCUUUAUCAAAACCAUCAUUAAAUGUUGAAAGAAAUGUUCUUAGAAUUGGAAUACAUUCAAUUGCUUCACCAUCAUGGCAAUCAAAAUCAUCACAUGACCUUUUUGUUUUCUUGCAUACAUUACGUGGUUUACUAAGAUUUUCAUUUGGUGCUGCUGUUAUUACAAUUCCGGCUUAUUUAUAUACAUCAUCAUCGUCAGAAACAUCAUCAUUUGUAAGAAGAAUUGAACAUAUGUGUGAUGCUGUUGUAGAAGUUGAAUCAUUUGCAGGAUCUCCAGCAAAUACCAAUGCAAUUUAUAGUGCAACAUAUCAUGGAUUAUUUCAUGUUCAUAAAUUACCGACACUUAAUUCACUUGUACCAUCAUCCGCAAAAUUAUCAGUAUUAUCAGGUGGAGGUGGUAAUAAUUUAGGAUUUAAAUUACGUCGUAAAAAAUUUACUAUUGAAACUUUCCAUUUACCACCCGAAGGUGGUAUAAAUGAACGACGUGUUUCUGAAAAGGAUCAAACUAAUAAAUCUAAAAAGAAGGAUGAUAAAAAUAAAAAUAAAUCAGGUAUUGGCGUUUCUGGUAGUGGAUGCGGUACUAUACCAGGAAGAAAAGUCGAUCCAUAUGAUUUCUAA